AUGGACCUCUUUCGCGUUAGACUGAACUGCGUUGACCACUACCAAGCAACUCCUACUGCAUUCGAUCCCCAACUCCCUGGUGUCCAUGCCUCCAACCAGCAGAGGGCCGUUCCCAAGGUCCCCGUUAUCAGGGUUUUUGGCGCCACUGAGUCAGGACAAAAGGUAUGCGCCCAUGUUCAUGGCGCGUUGCCGUACCUCUACGUCAGAUACGAUGGGAGUCUGGUACAGGGAGAUGGUAAGGCCCGCUUCUUAUCCCGGUCCAGAAAAGUCUCUUAUAGGCCUGUAGUAGCCGCAUACAUUCGUCAACUCAACCUAUCCAUCGACCAUGCCCUUGCAGUCAGCUACCGCCGCAAUAUGUACGAGGGAAAAUUCGCCUUCGUUGGGCACAUCACUCUUGUCAAGGGUGUUCCCUUUUACGGUUAUAACGUCGGCUACAAGUUCUUUCUCAAAAUCUACAUGCUGAAUCCACUCCACAUGACUCGCUUGGCAGACCUUUUACGACAGGGCACGAUUAUGAAGAAGGUCAUUCAGCCGUACGAAAGCCACAUGCAGUACCUGCUACAAUGGAUGUGUGACUAUAACCUUUACGGGUGCGCGUACAUAGACUGUAGCCAAGUCAAGUUCCGCAGCCCAGUGCCAGAUUACUUAGACAUGAACAGCACUACCCAUCAGUGGCACAAUCGGGCAAUUCCUCCUUCUUUCAUUUCUGACAAUGAGAAAAUACCGCGGCAAAGUCACUGCUCUAUUGAGGUUGAUGUCUGCGUACAGCACAUUAUCAACCGACUUGCCGUCAAGUCACGGCCUAUACACCAUGACUUCGUUGAGCGUAAAUUUCCCAUUGCGACAGACGAAAAGCUAGUACAAAGCAUGGCAGGUCUUUGGCGUGACGAGACUAGGAGGAGAAAAGCCAGGAUGGGGGAGACGAAUCCAGGAAGUAGCCCAUUUCCGCCGGAAGUAUUGGUCUCUGUUUCAGCGGAUCCCAGAAACACUCAGGCAGGCGGAUGGAUCCAUGAGAAGGAGUACAUGGAGAAGAUCAAAAUUAUCGUCAAAGACGAAAGACAGAAAAGUGAUGGCGGGGAAGUUGGGUUUGAUGGAUUUGUUGAAAAUCAAAGUCUUGGGGACCAAGUGAAAACAUCGCUGGAGAGCGUAGAAGACCUUUUCCCGGAGAAUCUUGCUCGUGUAAUGAUUUUCCGGCUGGCAUCUCAAGCUGCUGCGGAUAACGCACAGGAAUCAGCAGCCGAUAUGCCAGAAGUGGAUGAAAGUCGGCUGCUCUCUUUCGAGGAGGAUGAAUUCCCAUAUGAGUCGGACGAAGAGCUGGCGCGAGACCUGGAAACGUCUCAAAAGAAGCAAGGCGAGCGGAUAGAUGAUGAAAUGGAACAAUUCGCGAAUCAAGGCAUGAAGGAGCCAAUGUACGAUAACGAAGAAAGGCUUGCAUAUGUUGCGUCCACUACCAAUGCCACGGAAGUCCCGAGAUCAGCUCCACUUGCAAAAGUGCAGGACAUUACAAGCUCUACUGAGAUUGAAAAGAUGGGAAUCAGAAAUGUGGGUAACUACGACCACGCUGAUGAGGACGCUUUCGAAAUCCCCCUGGAAUUUGCAAGCGACAUCAGUGCUGAACGAGCUAAGGACUCGACCAAAGAUUAUCAACAUGACAAGAAGAGACGUAAGCUCCCCAACGGCGAUCACCUUACAGUCGUGGAUAUCUCCGAUCACCCGCCCCCAGACAGCAGUCGAGAAGUCUAUGAUAUUUCUGCGAACGGUCCGACGAAAUUGCGAGACAAGCCUGAUAUUGAUCAAUCGGUGGGGUCGUUUUCCUCAGAGGGGCCAUAUGGAACGCCUCACUCGCGUGAAAAUAGCCAGAGAAAGCGCAAGAUGCUGCCUUCUUCCCAUGAAGGAAUCAACUCCGCGACCGGAAACAAGACUCUCUCAUUUCAAGUCGUUAAAGAUCCGUAUGACCCAAACACCAUCAAGAAGCUCAGUCAAACCAGCGCUUCAGAUGUCAAAGGCUCACAGAAAUCAAAAACCAAGUCUGUAUCUUUUCCACUGUCUAGCGAGCCAAGCCCAAGCGCGUUCAGUGCACCAAGGCUCGGAUCGCUAGGAUCUUUAACGUCACCAAGGAGAGUGUCUAGCCAGGUGUCCGAAUGCUCCUCAAAUGUUCACCAAGUGUUCGACAUCAGAUUACGAAAGAAGAUAUUCAUCCUAGCUUAUGAACCUCCUCGAGCUUCCGAGAUCCUACUAAAAAUGCGAGAUGAAAGGCUUCCGUCAAUCAUUUAUCAGGACGCUUACUAUAGUAACGAAAAGGAUGUGCCUGAACGUGCUAGAGAGUACGCGGGAAAGGAUUUCAAGCUUGAGAGUAGAACGGUUCCAUUCCUGGCAAGUUUCGAUCCCACAGGGACGUCGGCAGCCAGUCGAGGGGAAAAACUAAGCGUGGUCGUCGACAAGACUGAUGAGGAGCGACUAUCUCGAAGACGAAGAAUGGCAUGUGGACUCCGAGCCUGGGAAAUAGAAGAAAUGCCUCCCACGAGACAGGAAGUCCAAGCUUGGUUAGAUGAGGAGAGCGGGGAAGCAUCAGGGUCUUCGGAUAAGGCAACUGUCUAUCACGGGAUCACAUCGACAAAGAUGGAUCUCUCGCAGAUUGACGGUGCCACUCAAAAGAACAAGCACGGAUUCAAAUACUCGCAAAAGCAGAAAUCGACCAGUGUACAACACGAGACUCAGUACAUGAGCGUCAUGAGUCUUGAAAUCCACGUCAACACUCGUGGGAAGAUGGUGCCUAACCCCGAGCAGGAUGAAAUUGGAUGUGUUUUCUGGUGUCUCCAGUCUGAUGAAGAGGAUCUGGAAGUCAACGGCAUCAAUGAAGGGACACACGUCGGAGUCUUGGCCCUGUCGCAUAUUGGAGGGUUGGCCCAUAGAAUCUCCCAGCACACUGGCGUGGAAGUGGAAGAGGAGAUCUCUGAGCUUGAAAUGAUCAAUCGCAUGGUCGAUAUCGUUCGUGGCUAUGAUCCUGACAUCCUAACCGGCUACGAGGUGCACGGCGGGUCCUGGGGGUAUAUGAUAGAACGAGCUCGAUGCAAAUACGACUACAACUUGUGCGAUGAACUUUCGAGAAUGAAGUCCCAGUCGCAUGGUCGAUUUGGCAAGGAGGACGAUCGCUGGGGUUUCAAUCACACUUCCACCAUCAGAGUCACAGGAAGACACAUGAUCAACGUCUGGCGCGCAAUGAGGGGAGAGCUGAAUCUGCUGCAGUAUACGAUGGAGAACGUCGUUUUUCAGCUCUGUCAUCGCCGUAUACCGCACUAUUCUUUCCGAGACCUGACAUUCUGGUACAAGAGUGGCAAACCAAAGGACCUGGCUAAAGUUGUGGAUUAUUAUGUCUCCCGUGUCCAGCUGGACCUAGAGAUCUUGGAACAGAACGAGCUUAUUCCAAGAACUAGUGAGCAAGCGCGGUUGCUGGGAGUAGAUUUCUUUUCGGUGUUUUCGCGAGGAUCUCAAUUCAAGGUCGAAUCACUUAUGUUUCGAAUAGCCAAGCCAGAGAAUUUCUUGUUACCCUCACCGAGUCGAAAGCAAGUCGGUCAGCAGAACGCCUUGGAAUGUCUGCCUUUGGUGAUGGAGCCUCAAAGCGCAUUUUACAACAGCCCACUACUGGUGCUUGACUUCCAGUCUCUAUACCCGAGCGUCAUGGUUGCAUAUAAUUACUGCUACUCCACAUUCCUAGGAAGGGUGGUUAGCUGGCGUGGUCAAAACAAGAUGGGUUUCACGGACUAUCAUAGAGAACCAAGACUCUUGGAGCUUUUGAACGACCAAGUCAACAUCGCGCCGAAUGGUAUCGUGUAUGCCAAACCCGAUAUUCGCAAGUCUCUUCUCGCAAAGAUGCUGGGGGAGAUCCUGGAGACUCGAGUCAUGGUCAAAAGCGGGAUGAAGGAUGACAGGGAUGACAAGACUCUGCAGAGGCUACUCAACAAUAGACAGCUCGCAUUGAAGCUCAUUGCCAAUGUCACUUACGGUUACACCUCUGCCUCCUUCUCUGGGCGCAUGCCAUGCUCCGAGAUUGCCGACAGCAUUGUCCAGACAGGUCGUGAGACAUUGGAGAAAGCCAUCGCAUUAAUACAUUCCGUGGAGAGGUGGGGUGCUGAGGUCGUAUAUGGUGACACUGACAGUCUCUUCGUCUAUCUCAAGGGCCGUACCAAAGACGAGGCGUUUGACAUUGGUAAAGAGAUCGCUAAGACCAUCACGGACAUGAAUCCCAGACCAGUCAAAUUGAAGUUCGAAAAGGUGUAUUUUCCAUGCGUUCUACUCGCAAAGAAGCGAUACGUAGGCUUCAAGUACGAGAGCAAGGAUCAAAUGGUGCCAGACUUCGAUGCAAAGGGUAUUGAGACUGUGCGCCGAGACGGAACACCAGCUGAACAGCAGAUCGAAGAGAAAGCCCUAAAGAUACUGUUCCGCUCGGCGGAUCUAAGCCAGGUCAAAUGCUACUUCCAGCGACAGUGCAUGAAGAUCAUGAAAGGAAAGGUGUCCAUCCAGGAUUUUUGUUUCGCGAAAGAGGUCAAGCUUGGUACGUACAGCGACAAGGGUCUGCCGCCUCCCGGAGCACUCAUUAGCACCAAGAGGAUGCUGGAGGACCCUCGUGCAGAACCGCAAUACGGAGAGCGUGUUCCCUACGUGGUAAUUACCGGAGCUCCAGGGGCUAGGCUCAUCGAUCGAUGCGUGGCUCCAGACGUGCUGUUGCACAACGAUAAUAAUGAAUUGGAUGCAGAAUAUUACAUCUUGAAGAAUCUUAUUCCACCACUUGAACGUAUCUUCAACCUCGUUGGAGCGAAUGUACGACAGUGGUACGACGAAAUGCCCAAAUAUCAGCGAGUGCGCCGCAUAGAAGCAGGGGCACUCACGGGAGGGAAGGAGUUGAUCAUAUCGAAGAAAACAUUGGAGUCUUAUAUGAAGUCUUCUACCUGUCUCGUCUGUCAUGAGAAGCUCGAAGAAGAAAUGGCAAUCUGCGCCAGGUGCAUACAAAAUGCUGACAGCUCUCUUAUGACACUGCACUCGCGGCUCAACAAAGCAGAGAGGAAAGCUGUCAAUUUGGAGAACGUGUGUCGCUCUUGUGCGAGUCUGGCUUGGGGCGAAGAGGUGAAAUGCGACAGCAAGGAUUGUCCCGUUUUUUAUACUCGGACGAGGCAUAUGGCAGGUCUACGGAAUUCAAAGUUAAUGGCGGAACCGGUCAUAGGGAUCUUAGAGGAGCUUGAGGCUGGCGAGCUAGAUUGGUGA